UGUUUUGAAAUAAACGAGAGUACAACUUAAAUAUAGCUUUGGACAUGCAUAGCAUAGUUCAUUACUAUAUGGAUUCGAAUCCUUAAAAGAACAACAUGGCAGGGGAGAUAAUUGCCCUUGAUGUGUGGGACAAGUUGCUGAUCUUGGCUGGGGUGGCGCUCUUUAUGGUCUUGGUCAUUUUGACGUUGAUGUGUGUGCUCUCUCCCUACUGCUGUCUUUAUCAAUACUGUCCGUUCCGGAAUACGAAUCGACUAGAUGGCAAACCUUUGAUUAAUUACGGAUCUACGGACAUAAUGCUGGAAUCCAAACACGAUAGGCGAUCAUAUCUGGGGUCUAUAAAAGAAGAAGAGUCUUCCGAAUGGUCCGACGCAAGCGCAAAGAGUGCCCUGGAGCUUAGAAGGAGUAUGUCACCCAGUUACGUGCCAAAUGGAUCAAUCGGUUCUCUGCACUCAGCCUCACAGAUUCACGACGGCACUCUGCACUUCUCUCUCAAAUACGACAAAUUUGACAAUGACUUACUGAUUAAAAUUUUGGAGGUUACAGAUCUAAAUGUUGAAGACAGAACCGCCAUUUUGUCUCCAUAUAUACGGGUUAGGCUAUACAGAUCUCAUAGACAACUUUUUACCGGUGCUGUUGAAAAUGUUGAUACCGAGUUUAAAACUCGGAUACAAAAAUUCAAAGACAAUUUAACUUUUAAUGAGACGUUUAAGACAUCCAUUGCAGCCACCAGUGUAAAGCAUAUCAGCAUUAAAUUUCAACUUUGUGACUUGGACAAGUAUUCUAGAAAGAUAGUGAUCGGAGAGUGCAUUAUGAAAUUAAAGAAAAUUCAUUUUGAAGAUUUCGAGGAAAAAGUCUUCCAGGAAAAGCUGAGGGCACCAAUAGAGGAGGAAUCAGGAGAGAUAUCCAUUGGAUUGAAUUAUCUCCCCACGGCAGAAAAACUGUACGUCAACGUAGUCAAAAUGAAAAUUUAUAAAACACCAAAUAGGCCUCAGAAUGUACUGGACACCUAUAUCAAAGUUGUUCUAAUGCAUGACGGGAAACCACUAAAGAAAACCAAAACGGGAACUAAAACGGAGGAAGCGAACCCUGAAUUUGAUGAAACAUUUCCGUUUGAUGUGCCCACACAGGAACUCGAGAAAGUGUAUCUAGCAAUCAGUGCCAUUUCUUUGAACACGGAAAAUUCGGAACAGAAAGUGUUGGGGCGGAUCUAUAUUGGUUUACCCUUUGGAGGCCCAGCACAGGAGCACUGGACAGAAAUGAUAAGGUCACCAAGAAAUCCAGUCCUACAUGUGCAUAAACUCACUGAACAAUGAAACCAGUGAAAUUGUAAUAACGGUUAAGUUGAUAAUCAGUAUCUCUCAUUCAUUCUUUUUCAUAUUCCGUCCUUUGAAAUAUCUCCUGCAAAAGUGUGGACUUCCAAUAACCUUUGCAAUAGUAAUUAUAUAAAAUUUGGGACAUGAUGAACUUUACUCGGUGCACUGAGCACCAAAGUGAGUCUAUUACACAGCACAUGCAAAUUUAAGAUGGCUGCGCCAGGUUAUUUUGUAGAAAUACACGAAACAUAUUAAACUUUUUCAUGAGGUAUCCAUAACGAUAUUUCAUACGAUCAGUUUAUUUUUUUCUGGUAAGAUGUGCUAGCAUUUGAUUACCCAAGUAGGAAUUUGCAGAGAUAGGUAAUGUAUAAACAUGCCACAAGCUCGCAUGUAAUUCAUACAAUAUUUCAUUUCACAAAACUCAUGAAUUCAAUCAUUGCUUAAUUUAAUUUGAUAGGUGUACUGGUACAUGUACAUUAAUAAUUUACCCUAUAUAAUGACACACACAUAAGUGUGUACUCUUUGAAAGAUUAAUGUGGAAUAGGUUUUAAUGAUUUUAUAUUUCAUGAAUUUGGGUUUGAAGGGAUGCAAAAGUGCUUGAAUGUGUUCAUAUAUUAAGUUAUUGGAAGUUGAAUUCCAAUGUUCUGUGAUUUGUAUAAUCACGUCGGGUUUAUUUUAAGCAAAAAACAAAAACAUUGUUUGAUGCUUGGUACAAGAAAAGAAAUAAAAUUGUAAU